AUUACGGUCCUGCAAAAACAAAGCAAAAGCCAUGUAAUAAAUAACUUAUUAAUCUCGAACGUUCGGUCUUUACGGUAAAAUCUCAAGCCUCCGCUUUUAUUUAUUGACCUCGCUGUCGCUCGGUCAAUACGGCAAGGUCUUGGUCUUGGUCCCUUCACUUCGAUUCAUUUGACCAGUAUGGAAAUUAACUGCUCUACAAGCAAGGAAAUCGGUCACUGUGGCCAACCACAAAAGAAUUCAUUUAGUGCCGUGAACCAAUCAAAAUCAGAAGGAAUUGUGUAGCCAACGCGAAGCGUGGGAAAAUGUGUGUGAACGAGUUAACAUUGGCUUUGGUUUUACCUCUCAUUAGUGGGGAAACUGGCGCCAAUAUUUAAGUCGAUCACCGAGUCAAAUACUGCAAAACUAAGGGCGACACUCAAGUAAAAAGCACCACUCUGUGAUAGGCGAAAUUUUACAAACUGAACGACCUAGAUAACUGUUUUUGUUUGUUUUAUAUAUCUUUUAUAUAUCUUUGGACUUUUGUAAAACAGAUGGCUUUGGAUUAGUGAAGAGUCAAUAUCCCUAUUCUGAGGUUUCCACCAUGGCGUUCAAAAUGACCGUACUAAGGAUUGAGAUUGCUGUGCUCCUAUUUCUGGCAUCACACGACAAGCUAGGUCCUCUCAGAGGUGUUUUGUCAGGCAAUGAUCAUGACAUUUGGUCAUUUGACAAUUUAAACAAAGACAUGGAUGCCAAAGGGAAUGCAAACAACACGGAGUCGCCGGUGGGAAAAGGUCUCUACCUUGAUGGAACAGAUGAUACUUACGUCGAGCUGAAAGAACACGAGAAAAAAUGUUUAGAACAUCCAUCAGACUGUGACAUGACCAUCGGGUUUUUUCUCAAGUUUUCGCCCCCGUCUGGCCUGCAGAUCUAUUUCGGGAACAAAGAUGCCGACGGAGAACUGUACGAAGGCAUAAAUAUCUACCAUGAUGGACGAUUUCGUGUGGAGGUGUACGGUAAAAACGAGUACUGUUCUCGAGUCAUUUUUCCACCCCAGAAGGUCUGGUUUUAUCUCGGGCUCGUAUGGGAGAAAAAUGGAAAUUUAGCUGUGUACCAAGACAGAUGGUAUAGUCAGUCGUCUUGGGAACACAACCAGUGCGGCAAAAGUCCGAGUGGGUUGAAGACGCGAGGAAACUACUAUUUAGGGAGAGACACAUUCCCUGUUGCGUUCUACAAGGAUUUGAACAUCUGGUAUUCCAAGCAGUCUCGAAAUGUUCUUGACGAGAGGUGGGAUGCAGCAUUUGAAAUCACUGGAUCUACUGAAAUAGGUUUGAAAAUCAUCUUUCCAGACCUGGCUUUUAAUUCUGGAAAUGUCGCUCAGUGGAGUGGGGAAUUUUCUGAUCAAGUAAAAGAUCUUUACGUUGGCUAUUCUUAUUUUGAGGACAUUAAAGAUAUCUCGGUUACUGACAGUAAUGGACAAGCCUCAGUAUCAUUUAAAUUAAAAUUCACUGACAUUUUCUGGCGAUCCAUGCUGCCUCUUCAGCUUGCUAUGGAAAACGGGACCUUACUUGGAUCUCCUGGUGUAAUGGAUGAGGCUUCAUGUCAAAGUGGUAGCCGUAAGUUUAUUUGCGAGGCGCCAAAAAAUGCUCACGCGUCCAACAUCUACCCCACCUUAGUCAAAGUAACAAUGGACAGAGUUUCUGUUCCGCUGGACGAUGAUUAUUUUCACGGCUACCGAAUCCUGUACAAGAAUCUUGAAGACCAGGGCUCCGAGUGGACACAACGCGGCGUUAUCCGCAGUAAUGUUGACCCGAUAACAGGAGAUGUACCUGGACUUGUUCCAUACACCAACUACAGCUUUCGUGUUUUUGCGAAGUCGUUUCAAUCUGUAGGCCUUAUUUCAGAACCGUUCAAGGUCAGGACACUACAGUGGGGUAAGUAAAAGACAUAUUGAAACUUCCACAUAGGCGCUAUGCAUGCAAGACGGUCACGCAGUCUUGUUUUACAAA